AAUAGCCGCCGCCUCAGCCUUAAGCCACUUAAGGCUUGUUUGUUUCAUUAUUUGAGAAGUAGACUCUACUCUAUUUCCACCAAUUCUCUUGAGCAAUUAUUAAAUAAUUUUUGAUUGAAUGGAUCUCUUUGGUGAUCUUCCAGAGCCAGAUCACAAUGAUCACAUUAAAGGGCAUGCUGCAUCUCUAUCUUCAACUAAGGAACCUUGUCUUACCCCUGUACCACUAAAAACAAAUGCAGAAACAGUAGGUGACAAAAGAAAAUACAAGAAUGCAAUCGAGAACACAGAGAUAGAAGAAAAACAAAGAAAGAAAGACUCAGAGGAAUUAGGUUUCAGUUUAAAAGGAUAUGUUGCUGACCGCCAAGGAGAACGAGAAGACAUGCAAGAUGCCCAUGUCAUAAUCAAUGAUUUUCUCCAAGAAAUCCCUGGAGUUCACAAAUCUAUACAUCGAUUGGCUUUGUAUGCAGUCUUCGAUGGACAUGGUGGAGUUCGAGCUUCAAGGUUUGCAUCCCAGCAUUUGCACAAUAAUCUGCGUGAUAAAUUCCCCAAGGGGGACGUUACACAGGUUGAAAAAGAAAUAAGGAAAAUACUGAUAGAAGCUUUUAAAAAAACAGAUGAAGAUUUUUUGAAAGAAGCUACUAAAAACAAACCUUCCUGGAAGGAUGGGACAACAGCAGUUGUUGUGUUAGCCAUCAAUGAUACUUUGUAUAUAGCCAAUCUUGGGGAUAGUAAGGCUGUAUUGUGUCGCUAUAAAGAAGACCUGAAGAAGUGUGUUGGUAUUCCAUUAACAACGGAUCACAGUCCAUCGCUGUAUGAAGAAAGAAUGAGAAUUCAAAAAGCAGGAGGCAGUGUCAGAGAUGGGCGUGUAUUGGGAGUGUUGGAAGUAGCUAGGUCAAUUGGUGAUGGGCCUUACAAAAACCAUGGAGUAACAUGUGUUCCAGAUGUCAAAAGAUGUCAGCUCACUGAAAAUGACAGAUAUCUGAUGAUUGCGUGCGAUGGUCUGUGGAAGAGUUACAGCAUUGAUGAAAGUAUUCAUUAUGUGAACAAAAUUUUAGAGGACAAAUCAAUACAAGCAAGUGGCAAAAAGUCUGAAGAGGAUGUCAAGUUUGACACUGUAUGCAACAAGUUGGCUAAUGCUGCAGUGUUGAGACUUAGUGGUGACAAUGUGACAGUUGUAGUGGUAGCUAUACAUCCCAACAAAUGACACUGUCUUCAUUCACCUCCUUCCAUACUUUAAAACUUUCAAUUUCCUAGUGAAAUUGGAUAACCAUUUAUGAUUGAUAUGUAAGUGAUGGUUCUGGCAUCAUGGGGAAUAAAUACAGAUCUAAAUUUCGCUACUGUUAUGUUUCUAGGUAGUGCUGACUCUUGGAAUAAGAAUUUAGACAUAUAUUUUGUUUGGUUAACAAAACCCAUCACUGGAAUGGGGGGAAAAAAUCUGAUGUCUCUCCUCUGUUGUGAUUUUCACAGCUUUGUAUAAAUUUGCUUCUUGUGCAUUGUUUUUCUGUAUCUUGUUAAAAUAGGUUAAACAGUUAUGAUCUAUAUUUUCAAAUUGAUGUAGAUUGUUCACAGUCUACCUAAAAAAAAGAUAUGUUUCUAUUAUCUUGUACAUGCAUGGAGCUAAUGCUACUUUUUAUAACAGAUAGUGAGAGUUAAAAAACGCACUGAGAUUAUGUUGAUACUUUUUAUGUUGACUUCAUGUGAUGUAUAUAGGAGUUGUUAUACAUUGUAUUGUUAGAUGAAACUUACAUUGCUCCCAAUUAGUGAAAUAUGACACACUUUAGUGAUUGCAUUUUGUAAAAAUUAACUGUAUUCAUAUUGUCACUUUAUGAAUGAUAAUAGAUUUUAUUUACUUUAAUAGAGAUAAGUGUAGGAUAUUAUGUUCCUAUUACUAUAUUUGUUGUAGUGUUGAUGUUUUUUAAAUCUUACAUGUUUACUGAAUUAUCAUAUCUUAUAUUUCAGAGUUUAAACAUAUAUUUGAUUUAAGACUGCAGUAAAUUGAGUUAGAAAUACUGACAAAAUAAAUUCAAUAGAAUUUUGGAAUAAAUGAAGUCUAUAUAAUGAUGCAAGGGAGAUAAUGUUUUAUUUUUAUUUAAAUUAUCAUGUGAAAUAAUAGUAUUUUUAUACUUAUUUGUGUUCUGGUACACAAUGUGAAGUAAUUUUAAAAAAAUAUAGAUUCAUAGAAAGCAUUCGAAUUUGACUAACAGAAUAUCUUUAUAAAGUUUAUUUCAAUGUUAGUUAGAUUCCUACAUCAACAUAAAUCUGCAACCUGCAAUAAUAAACACAAUUCAGCUUGUACUGUUUCUGUCAAGAAUACUGACAGAUUGUAUAUAAUAUCCUUUCUGAAGUCAGAUGUCUUACAAGCUUCCAACUAGGCAUUAAAAGAUUUUUGUUCUGGUAUCUACAUUUCCACUGCAGUGAUUGCAAUAAGAACAAAAGUUUUUUUUUUUUUUGUUGCACCAAAUAUUGUAUUGUAGUUACUAACAGAGACAAAUGUUUGCAACUUUGCUCAUAAAAUGGUAUUUGAAACACCCCCC